AAUACACUUAGAUAGGAAGGGGGUUUGAUAACAUCUAAGAUAAACAGAUUAGCAGGUGUGAAUAUAAGACGUCCGAUAGACAUGGCCCCUAUAAACCCAUCAAUACUUGCAAUAUGCUUUGGACUCUGUUCAACAUUUGUGAUCAAGGACACGGUGGAACCUCGAAUGUGUAACCUAGCAACUGACUGCCAGGAUAACGAAUGCUGUGUUUCUAAAGUCCGACCGAUCGGGAAAAGGCAGACGAGUUUCCAUGGUCACUGCAUUCCAUUAGGAAAAGUCGGGGACGGAUGUCUUGUGAGGAAUGGUAACGCGACCUCCAGACCCACUGAGCUGGUGUUUGCCUGUCCCUGUACACCGGGUCUAUAUUGUCAUGGAGACCACCACUAUGACAUACCCUUGGGAGAAAUUGGUCAUUGUGCAAAUCCAUAGAUUAUGGCUCUGACCCAAGAUCCCGGCGUAUUUAUUAUUCCGCAAAAUGAUAUUAUUGUUGAAAACAAAUACAAAUAUAAAUUAAAAAUGGAUGACAAGGAAGAGAAAAGUGCAAAAACUAUUUUUCUUUAUAAAGAGCUAAUGUAUGGGUUAUGUGUUAUUACAUAAUCCGUACACGAUAUUUGAUAUGUACGAUCUCCUGACAAUAGCUUCUAUUAUUUGCUUAGCUGUAAGCACAAGGUUUACAAAUACGAAAUAUAUAUACAUUACUCUACCAAAAAAUAACGAGAGCCUCAGUUACUGCCUACUCCAUGCAUUGUUUUGAAAAGAUGAACGUAUUAAACAUAUGGUAUGAUUCGGUGAAAUACAAAACUAUAAAAUAAAAUACUAGUAAGCAAGAAGCAAAGUGCAGAAAAUUUGGAAUAAAAAACCAUAAUAUAGGUAGCCGGAAUGGACAUGCAGAUUCUCUAAACUCAUAAUUUAUAAAUUUCCCCAAACUUUGAAGACAAUUCGUUGUCUAAAAAGUUGGGUUUUUUUUUGAAAUUCCGAGAAUAGUUCGAUUUUGUCAGAACAGAUCGGCAAAGCGAUGUUUUACUGCAAACGAAGGGAAACUUCUGUCAUUUUUUUGAGAAUUGUCUAAUCGUAAAAACAGGAUUUUGAAACGAAAAAGAAUGUUCAGUUCGAGAUCUCCCCUUUCUUCGUCCUUACAUGGUUUUCAUGAUAACAUUAUACACUAAACACGGUAUGAUAAGGAGUGGUUACAAUAAGGCUGAACUAGUUCUAGACCAUAUUGCAUAAUGACGCUGAUACGCGCUCUCUGGAUUUUGUUAGUAUGUUAUCACGGAGCUGUGCUUUAUACUGACGCAGCAGCGCCAAAUAAAGGGUGCAACUCGGCAACGGAAUGUCUAGACAAUGAGUGCUGUGUUUCCAUUUACCAACCCCUUGGGAGAAGGCAGCUUCACGGCCAUUACAGCGGGCACUGUGUACCCAUGGGUAUGGACGGGGAUGGUUGUCUAGUAAGAACCGGAAAUGCCACUACCCGCCCCCUUGACGUGGUGUUAUCCUGCCCCUGUACCCCCGGGCUCUACUGCCAUGGUGAUCAUCUUUACGUCGUACCUCUGGGAGAGCAAGGUCACUGUACCAGUCCUUGAUGGAAUUUGUCAGCUUGUAUACUACAAUAUAUUUCAAAAUUCUAAGACGUAUUCAAAAAAUCUUUCUUUAUGUUUGCUAAUUUAAUUCAAUAGCUCGUGCUUGCUUUUGAAGAAAAUAAUAAAAAGCAAUGCAGAGAACUGUGUAUCAUUUAA